UGCAAAAUGGCUCCGCUGACGUUGGUUCUGCUGGCAACAGCUUUAUUGGGCAUUGGCCAUGUCUCUGCAAGCUGUUCAUUUCGUCAUUCAUUAUUGCCGACUGUGCAGCCACUUAUCCUUGCCAGCAAUGAUUACACCGACGUGCGCAGAGUCGUAAAAACAGAUUCUACUUCCCAAAUAACGGUGGAACAGGGAGACUACAUCACUCUGGUGUGCCCUGGUCCCUACAAUUAUUUGUCAGGCGGCAAUGUAUUUCCUCAGCAACUCCUCAAAGCCUUGUGUGUAUCUGGAUCCAGCUUCUUGGCUGAUGGACGAACGAUCGACGUUAGUCAGGUGGCGUGUUACUCUCCACCAACACCAGACGUGGCUGUCAAGACGCAAGGAACGUGUGGAUUAAACACAAUUGCUAUCGACGUGGGUUACAAUAUUCCUGCUCCAUUAUCUUUCUUCCUGAAAUUGUAUGAAGUAUGCUACGACCCCGUCAAGUUAACCCCCAUGAACGCACGACAUUUAGUCGUCCCAGGGAGCCAAAGAAGUGCCAGCGCACCAUACAGUGCCUAUCUGUUGCCCAUAGAACCAGCCAUAGAUUACUUUCUAUCAAGCGAGAUUCAAUCGUUCACUCUGCAACUGGACGCUGAAAGCGCAAGGAAAUAUGUUAAUGAAACUCAUUAUUUGGAGACGAAGCAAUUAGUACCCGCAGAAGACUUUGUGUUCAGCCCAAUGCAGUUAUCUACAUUUUUCUAUUUCAAUACGGUCCCACUUUGGAAUGACUUCAUCUCCGUUUUCUGGAAUCCCCUGGAAUCAUCUAUUAGACAGCUGACAUACUCUCAAGGAGAGCUCGAAAUCUACACGGGAAUAGUAGGUGUUGCCACGUUGCCAGACAGCAUUGGACACCAGGUGUCCAUGUUCCUGCACGCUAAAACCAAUGAGCUAUUUUUGCCGCUGCCUGCAUUUCUAUCAAAAGCUGUCGUUAAUUCCAAAGGUCAACAAGUCAUUUUCUUACAAAUGCAGCACGUAUCAGAAGUUACAAAAACACUGGCGAUGCGUGCGCUGACACGUGCUGUGUGCGCGCGCAGGUGA